AUGGCACAGCCGGUGCCUCAUCAGGCGACGGACAAGAAGCGCGUCAAGGUCUACGAGUUGCGCGACAAUGACUGGUUUGAUCGCGGAACUGGCUUUUGCACCGCUACGUAUGCGACUACUGAAGAAGGGCACAAGGACCCACGAGUAAUCGUCGAGUCCGAGGAUGAGCCAAAUCGCCUACUCCUCGAGACCAAGAUUCAAAAGGAAGAUGGCUUUCAAAAACAGCAAGAAACCCUGAUUGUGUGGCAAGAACCUGGGAGUGGAGUGGAUAUGGCCCUCAGCUUCCAGGAAGCCGAAGGGUGUGCUUUGAUAUGGCGAUUCGUGAGUAAUGUGCAACAAACGUUUCACAAUGCAAUUACAGGCGACGAUGGGCUUUCAGACGAUUUGGCCAUUGAGAUCCCCGCCGCAAUCAAUCUCCCCGCCGCGGAACUGGGCAAUCUUCCCGAAAUCGAAUCCAGCAUGCGUAUCAUGAGUUCGAGCGCGAACGGUCGUGAUGCGCUCGCCAAGUUCAUCAUGGCGGAUGACUAUAUCGGCAAAUUGAUUCCCUUGGUUGAAAUGGCCGAGGAUCUUGAAAGUCUACCUGACCUUCACCGACUCUGCAACAUCAUGAAGACCAUCAUCUUGCUGAACGACACAACCAUCAUUGAGCAUGCGGUGUCGGACGAAUGUGUGCUCGGUGUGGUUGGUGCCUUGGAGUACGAUCCUGAUUUCCCAAGUCACAAGGCUAAUCACCGACACUGGCUCGAUAACCAAGGCCGUUACAAGGAGGUUGUGCCGAUUGAGGACGAUCAGACUCGACAAAAGAUUCAUCAGACGUACCGCCUUCAAUAUCUCAAAGAUGUUGUCCUUGCACGAAUUCUCGACGAUCCAACCUUCUCAGUUCUCAACUCGUUGAUCUUCUUCAACCAAGUCGAUAUCCUUCAGCAUCUGCAGACCAAUGCGGAAUUCUUGGGCCAACUUUUUGGUGUCUUCAACCUCCGUCGACAUGAUCAAAAGAAGAGAAAAGAUGCUGUCUUGUUCAUCCAGCAAUGUUGUGGCAUUGCCAAAAACAUCCAGCCUCCGGCGAGGCAAGCUCUAUACAACAACUUUAUCGCACACGGCCUCCUCCAAGUUAUUCAUUUCGGAUUGAAGCAUGCAGAUGUCGCAGUUAGAGUCGGUGCCACUGAUAUCUUGGUUUCCAUCAUUGACCAUGACCCACAAAUGAUUCGACAGACCAUCUAUCGCCAGGUGCAGGAAAACGUACCAUCACUAGUGGAUUCGUUGAUUGAUCUUCUUCUUGUGGAAGUAGACUUGGGUGUCAAGUCCCAAAUUUCAGAAGCCCUCAAAGUGCUUCUGGAUCAUGGAGCGCCACCUCAAGGACCAGAAUUCGCGCGGGUCAAUGGCGAAUUCCCCGGACGACCAAGGCCGCAACCCGCAGCAGACCCUCAACAUGAGCUGUUCCUCACUCGGUUCUACGAACGAUCUGCAUUGAGGCUCUUCAAGCCACUGUUGGAACUGGAAGAACGACCUGAUCUGAAGUUUGCGGUUCAACAAGCCUCAAUGUUUACUUAUCUCAUCGAGAUAUCGUGUUUCUUUAUCCGCCAGCAUCAUCGAUUUAGCAGAUAUUUCGUGAUGAACUAUAAUAUCAUCCAGCGUGUUUCACAACUUCUCAAAAAUCCAGAGAAGUAUUUGCGUUUAGUUGCCAUUCGAUUUUUCCGCAAUGUUAUUGGGAUGCAAGAGGAGUUUUACAUUAAACAAAUCACGGAAAAAAAGGCUUUAGGCCCCGCGUUAGAGGUGCUUGCCGAGACUAUGCCGAGAGAUAAUCUGCUAAGCUCAGCUUGCCUCGAACUGUUUGAAUUCAUUAGGAAGGAGAACUUGAAAGAUCUGGUGAAAUAUCUUGUGGGAAAUCACAGGGACCUCAUGACGAGCUUGAGUUACCUGGCCACAUUCAAGGAUAUGAUUCAACGAUACGACCAAACACAGGGAUACACGGCCAAUAUGGAUUAUUUCCUGGAAGAAAACGAUGAAUUGACACGGAAACCGCCACCGAACACGAGGCUGAUGGAACACAUUACCGUGGACCCCAGCGAAGAAGAGUACUGGAAUACGUCGGACCCUGAGGAUGAUGACGAAGAGCACCACCCUGACAUGCGCAACAAGAUUUUGCCGAGCAAUGGUCCCCUAACACCGUCCAAACCUCUUGUUGACUACCCUUCGGACGAAGACAGCGACGAGAAUGCUAAUACCGAAAGCGACACUGCUACGAAGGCCACCAAAGGCUCUGAAGGCUCAUCAGUUGGUGCGAAUUCUGCUAGCAGUCUUUCGCCUGUAGGGCCACCGCCUGAACGCUUGUCUGAAAAACGCCGCCGCGAAGAGGAUGAUGAGGACGGUAUGCAAAAGCUUAUGCAGAACAAGCGCCGAAACAGCAGCUCGUCAGAAUCAAACUCAACUACAGGUUCGCGGAUGACGCCCAAGCGAAAGUCGUUUGGCAGUGGCAAUGGUAACGGAAAGAUUGCCAUAAGCCUGUCGACGGCGGUCAGGACCGGUGGCGCAUCGAGGUCCGAUGAAGAGUCAUGA